ACUUUUGUCUUCUCUAAAAAGUUAUGGGCUGGAAAUGGGCUAAAGCUAAAGCCGAGUAAAAAACGUCACUCAUCUGCUUUCUUCAAUUUCUCUGCAAUAAUCCUCCAUACACCCUCAAUCGAGAAAGAUGAACGCAGUUUCAAAUUCUGAAAGGAACUUCAACGAGGAGAACGCCGGUGGAAGCGACACGGACACGAUCCCCGACGAAUCACCGGAAUACUAUGAGCCAAUAUCUUCCAGUGCCAUCGAAGAUGACGAUUCUUCCGAUCAGAACUCCGAUACCGAUCACGAACUUAACUUCCACCGUCUACCGAAUGGGGAAGCUCGUUGCGUACAGAAUGGAAUAAAUUCUCUGGAUCUGAGCGACGAAGAUGACGAGGAAGACGAACACGAAGAGGAGGAGAGGAUGAGAGAAGCGAUGCAGAGAGCUUUUAGAGAGGAUGAGAGCCGUCGAAGGGCUCCGUUGACGCCGGAGAAUACGACUAGAGUGAUGGAGGCGAUGCGUGGGAUAUCGUUCCCAGGAAUGGCUCCGGAUUGGGCGGGUCGAGUUCCUGAGGAUCGGUGGAUCGAUCAGUUAACAGAUGCAAUGGAUCCAGGCAGGAGAUAUGGUACAACUGACCCAACAAAUAGAUACAAGUUUACUUGCAAAUUUUGUGCAAAGUCAACUUCUGGAGGAGUAUACCGACUAAAACAACAUUUAGUCGGAGGUUUCAAAAACUGUAAAAGAUGCCCAAAGUGUCCAGAGCAUGUGCGGGAAGAAGUGAAGAACUAUAUGAUCCAGAAAGAAGCAGAAAAAAGUGCAAGAACUACUGACCAUUCAAAUGUAGUGACACUUGAUGACUAUGAUGAAGAUGAUGAUGGCGUGGGACAAGGAAGUAGCAAGCCUCCACCUAAAAAACCAAGACAAAAGGGUCCCUCUAGACAAGUUUUAUGCCACUAA